AUGUCUUCCCAAUAUCCAUAUGUGUUGCAAACUGUCUUUUCAUUCAAAAUGCCUGCCUACAUAGCUGGCCCUCAAAACAUCGUGGUUGUCCUUACCAGCAAAACAGAUGUAGCAUACAAUGCUUUGUUCCUAGAACAUAACAAGAAGUUUGUCCCCCCUCCCACCGUCAUUCUUGAUCUGGGAGACAGUGUGGAAGACAGUAUGGAGGACAGUGUGGAAGACGAUGUGGAAGAUCGACACCUCAUAGCCGAAACGGCGCCAUUACGGGAGACAUGGUUUACCAUCACUCUAGACGACCCGCCGUAUGAUCCCUUUGAGGGCUGGGUGUGCGGGAGCGACCCGGAGGAGUGUUUUAUGCUGCUCAAUGAACAACCAUCUGGCGGAGGUAUUAGUCAAAAGCAUUUCAGCCUGGACUACAACUGGGAGAACGGGUCUCUACUCCUGAAGGACAUGUCAUCACACGGAACAACUGUGUUAUCCAAAGUUUUUGGUAACAUUAUCUUACUAGGGGAGUCUAUCACUAUUGAAACGGGUGACAUCAUUCAAGCGAGUCUUGUACGUCUAGAGGUCUCCAUUCCCGACCGUGGAUUACAAAAGGGAGCUUAUGAAAGGAAGUGGCGCACCUGCCGAGAUGCACGAGAACAAGCUAUUCCUCGAAUCGGCAAUGUACUCAAACCGCCGCCGAAAGGUCGAACAGCCUUGGAUACCAAACUACUUGGCCUUUCAAGCCCAAUCGGCUCCGGGUCUUUCUCUGAAGUGCGUCGAGCUGUUGACUGCCUUGGGAAUGUCUUCGCUGUUAAGAGUUUUCGCUUGACCGGGGAAUCAAAAUACAUCCAGUCAGAGCAAAGGAUCCUGAGGGAAUUGAAACAUGAGAACAUCAUCUGUGUUUUUGACGACAAAGUCGUGAACGCUCUGGAUUCGGAGAAAACUCCGUAUCUCGUAAUGGAAUAUUGCCAGGAAGGCUCCUUGUUCUCGAGAGGUAUGUUGACUCCAUCGGAAACAACAGUGGUAUUAGGGCAAGUUUGCGAUGGUGUUCAGUACAUGCACUCCAGAGGCCUAGUCCACCGAGAUUUGAAACCUAGCAACAUCCUCCUCACUUCUUGGGCUCCAGCAUGGGUCAAGAUUGCGGACUUUGGGCUGGCUCAAGAUGAGAAAUUCCUUCGGACAUUUUGUGGAACACCCUUGUUCAUCGCACCGGAGAUAUGUUACUCCAUUGAUGAUCAGUCCAACUUGGACGAAACCUCUUCCACUAUCUCAACCGUGAUUCUUGGUACCACAGACGCCUCCCCGAAUACAAACAGUACGAAAGAGUUGAGUGCCACAUAUUCAAACAAAGUCGAUGUUUGGUCUAUUCUCAUCAUGCUGUUGUUCUACGCGCGAGAAGGUGACCUUCCCGAUGAAUAUGACAUGGCCAACAUGAGGCCCUUUCAUGAAGAGAUCUUGGAAUACUCUCAAAAGGCGAUAAAGCCGACCUGGACACGCCACAUCAAUCUGGUGAGACAAUGCAUUGCGCUCAACCCACUCGAGCGAGCCAGUGUCCAGCAACUUCAGAAACACUUUGCAGACCUUCGUGAGCCAGGAACGACAACGACAAUUGGUGUCCGUCACACUUGA